CUCCUUCUCUCCUCCCCUCCUUCUCUCCUUCUCUCCUCGCCUCCUUCUCUCCUCCCCUCCUUACCUUGACGUCCAUCUCUCCUUUGUACAGGUUUUAUUAAUUUGACAAAUGUGCUAAACACCUGAUUCUGUUUUUCAGGGAUGUUCACCUACAUGAAGGACUCGCACUGUCAUUGGUUCAGCAGUUGGAAGUGUGACAACUAUUCUGAGUUCCAGUUGGUCGGCACUCUGAUGGGUUUAGCAGUUUACAACAGCAUCGCUCUGGACAUCCACUUCCCCCUCUACUGUUACAGGAAGCUCCUCACUCCACCCACUGUACCAUGUGACCCCAAUUCCCCCGUCGGCAUGGCAACCGCCACCUUGGACGACUUGCAGCAGAUCAUGCCGGAGCUGGCUCACGGUCUGGGGGAGUUGCUGAGCUACGAGGGGAACGUAGAGGAAGACUUCUACCUCAGCUUCCAGGUAUUCCAGGAGGAAAUGGGCAUGGUUAAAUCCCACAACCUGAAGCCUGGAGGAGACAAGAUUGCCGUCACCAAGCAGAACAGGAAGGAAUAUGUUCAGCUCUACAUCGACUUCCUGCUCAAUAAAUCCAUCUACAAGCAGUUUGCUGCCUUCUUCCACGGCUUCCACAGUGUAUGUGCCUCUGAUGCACUCAUGUUGCUGCGGCCGGAGGAGGUGGAGAUGUUGGUGUGUGGGAGUCCAGAGGUCGACAUGAGCGCUCUGCAGAAAGCUGCUCAGUAUGAAGGAUACAGCAAGACGGAGACCACCGUACGGUGUUUCUGGGACGUGGUGUUGGCCUUCCCUCUGGAGCUACAGAAGAAGCUCCUCCACUUCGCCACAGGAAGUGAUCGUGUUCCCGUCGGAGGAAUGGCCGACCUCAACUUCAAGAUCUCCAAGAUCGACGUUUCAACUGACUGGUUGCCGAUCUCUCACACCUGCUUCAAUCAGAUCUGUCUGCCUCCGUAUCGAACCAGGAAGGAGCUCAAGCACAAACUCACCAUCGCCAUCUCCAACGCUGAGGGCUUCGGCCUGGAGUGACCAACCUGCUCACACACACACACACGCGCGUGCGACGCUAGCUAUCUGUCACAACCACCACAACGCACAUUAUGUGGUCGAUGGUCAGACUGUGGAGGACACGUUAUUAUUAUGGGCUGUGAUGGAGUCUGAAUUGUUUCUUUGACUGUUGCAGCAGAUACGUUGAGAACUUCCACGGCGACAGCUACAGAGACACACGAGAAAUAUCUUCAUUUGCACAUGAACUGUGUUUCUUUAUUACUGGACAACUCUGAAGACAAUUAUAGUUUUAGAGUUUUAGACGUCAGGACAGAACUACGAGUACGAGUUCUCCAGAACCCUUGGGUCAACAAAAGAGGAAACUUCUCUUGAAUUGUAAUCUGUUGCUCAGGUAGUUAUUAUUAUUAUUAUUAUUAUUAUUAUGAAUAAUUCUAAGACGCAGUGUUAAGAAACGAUAAAGCAGAUAAAAGCAGAGAACAGUGUGAUUAUAUUUCUGUGUUGAUUCUGACUUCACUAUUUAAAUGUGUGUUUCUGAAGGGAGUGUGUUUGAGUGUGCAUCAUGAGAUAUAGAUUGUCUUGUGAGGUGUUUCUUUGACAUUGCCGCCUGUUUGAUUGAACACGAGGCGGCAGCACAAAUGUUUUCAUCUGUUUUAAACGUGAUAUUGUGAAGCUGUGUUUAGUUCAUGAUGAGCUUCAUUAGUCUAGUGUUGAAGCAGGAACUGAAGCUGCUGUUGUGUUGUUGGAUGCAGUGCACAGUCUGAGUGUUGACAUGUUUGACGAUGGCAUCGCGCUGUAAUCACGGCUCUUUAGUGAAGCUCCUACUUCUGUCCUUAUUUCCUUAAUCUUGCAAAUACAAAUGCACCACGUGUAUGAAGAAAGAACUCCCAAAUAGCAUCAUUUCUUCUUCAUUUAGCGAAUGAAGUUAUGUUUCCAGCGCCGAGCUCACUGCUGCCAGGAGUCACACGUUUCUAUUUCAUUGCAGCAAAAUGUCAAUGUUCUGCCUUCUGUGUUGCUUCAUGCAAACUAACUAACUUUAUAAUGUAAUGCUAACACUCGAAGACGACAUCGUUCACUAUGAAUCGUGUACGUUGUGUUGUGCAUCUUUCUUCAAGUUGUUCAAGCUGCUUCGAGUUCUGGUGCUUUGUUUCUUCUUCUCAGUGUUUAUCUGCAUCACAGCGACCGGCAGUAACAUGCGUCUCCUCUCCCCCUGAGCUCGGUUGAACUAAUCUCAACGAUAACAAGCGCCGUGUCUCGGAGCUGAGCGGCGCUGCCAACGCUCGCUGACCUAUAGCGUUGUCGUGGCAAGAUGUCUGAAGUCCUAAAGACCGAGCAUGUUACCAAGCAACAGUGGAGCAGCUUGCGUCACAAUGGAUCCUUUCUGUCAUUCAAGUCCAGAGCAACAGGAAGAAUGUGUGUGAGGAGGACGUGAGGCUACAUUCACAUCACGUCACACUCUGUACACACCAGCAGCUGAACACUGAAGCCAUGAAGCGUCAAAGUUAGUUGUUUUGCAAUGUUGUUUGUAAAUGGGACCAAGCUGUGUCUGGUUAUACGGCGGCAGGACGUCUGUUUGGAAAUAGUUCAAACCGAUUGGAAGGGUUUGUGGUGAUGUCAUUAUGUUCACUUGUAUUUCUGAUGUGUGUAUUAUUAUUUAACAAACAUAAAGCUUGUUCCUCAGUGAA